AGUUCACUCCCUGCUCGCAGCUCGUUUAAGAGUAUCUACCUUUAGAGUCGUUAUAAUUUCAGUUCGAUUCGUACCAAAUUCGUUGUGUGUGUUCUUCGACAAGAGGCUGUGUUCCCCGUUUGAUUAUUGCAAACCAUUGACUCAUCGGGUGUCUCAUUGCGGGAUUUGAUGGAAUCCGAUUUGGAGGUGUACUACCAGGCGGCUGGUCGGGUGGAGGGCUCCCAGGCGGAGCUGCCCUACGAUCUUGAGGAUCCCGAUCAAUUGGCCACUCCCCGUGGCAGCGGUGGCUCCAAUCAGUAUUCGGAAGUGGACAUGGAUCGCUCCUGCUGGAUUUGCUUUGCCGGCGAGGAGGACAACCGGCUGGCUAAGUGGGUGCAGCCGUGCCGGUGCCGCGGGGCCACCAAGUGGGUGCAUCAGAGCUGCCUGUACCGCUGGAUCGACGAGAAGCAGCGCGGCAACCAUAGGCGAUCGGUGGCCUGCCAGCAGUGCCAGACAGAGUACAUCAUUGUCUUUCCACGGAUGAGUUUCCUGGCCGAGGCGCUGGAGUGGUUGGAUUUUACGGUGAGGAGGACUUGUCCCUAUGUGGCGGCCGGCAUGUUCAUGUGCUGCGUCUACUGGACGGCCAUCACAUAUGGUGCCAUCACCGUCAUCCAGGUGAUGGGCCAGAAACGAGGCCUUGAGCUCAUGGAGAGCGAGGUCUUUCUGCUGGUGGGUCUGCCCUUCAUCCCCGUGGGAUUGGUCCUCUCCCGCCUGGUUCGCUGGGAGGAUGCCAUUCUGAAGGCCAUGCGCAGUAGGUACAACUUCUUGCGAAAGUUGCCCCUGCUCCACUGGGCCGGAGAACCCGAAUCUGGAGAUUUGGGUGCCCUCAGCGAAAGUUCGAACAGUUUGCCACCCCUCCAAAAUGCGCCGGCCCUGACCGAUCCCCUGUACAUCUCACGACUCUUUUGCGGAGCCGUCUUCCUGCCCACCCUGGCCACUGCCGUGGGGAAUUUGUUCUUCAGGAGCCUGGAGGAUCCAUUGCAGCGCACCAUCUAUGGAGGGAUGACCUAUAUUGGGGUCAAGGGUCUCCUUAAGAUCUAUCUUCGUCAGAAGCUCUACAUACGCCGCCGCAAACGUCGCAUUGCCAACUAUACGGAUGAGAACGUGAGGAUAUAUAUGGGUGGACAGAUCAGGGAGGCCCCUGCCCGGAAUGCCCAGAAUCCUCAGCCUGAUGCCAAUGAUAAUCAAGGGGCGGGAAAUGCCAGACAAUUGGCCGGCUACGAUGAGCACUACGAGGACACCUCCAGUGCGGUCACCACGGGCUCCGAAGAUGGUGACCCCAACGGGGAGAACUUACUUGUGGUUGGAAGCAUUCAGGUCGAGGUACACACGGCAGAUCCACAGGACUAGUCGGGAAUAUAUCAUACAGGAUGGCCGAAAGGUUAUUGAAGUUGGAAGCAUGCAGUGAUCAAAAGUAAUAUGGUACUCGAAAAAGUAAAAAGAUCACAAGGAAUGUAAUAUGUUAUCAAAGAUUUCGUUUAAAAUUUAACAAAAAGUGAAAAGUAAUUAAAAAAAAUUAUAUUUUUAAAUGAAUUAAAUAUUUUAUAUUUCGCAAA